CGGUUAGCCAACAUUAGUUGUUGCAGCAGAUUGUUCGUGAUCAUGUUGGCUCUAAGCUUGGUCGUGGCUGUCGCAGCCAACUUGUUCGCUUCGACUGUAUGCGCCCAGAACUACACUGAAGCUCAGCUUAAAUAUUAUGAUGCCAACACUGGCCUGUGUGGAAUAGGCAUCGACCAAUGGUUUCAAUAUGAACCCGAAAGGAAUCAGUUCUCCACAGCGUUUCCACUAUUGUUCAUGUUGAGUGAACUCUCCUUAAACAGCAAAGAGGAUACUACAGCGGAACUGUACAAAAACCUUAAUUUGCGAUCGGAAGAUGAGGUCGUAAACGUUAACCAGGCCGUCAACACAAAUUUAAAUACAAAGAACGAGGUUUACCAAUCGACUCUGAUAUUGAACGCCUACACUGAUAUCGAUUCUCCGUUCUCUGAAACCUUCAUACAAAAUUUCGCUAAAGUUUUCAAUGGAACCGUUAAAAAUAUUGACUAUAGUAAUGAUGCCGUCGCAACAAUCAGGGAUUCACUACAAAGCGACAGUGGAAACGACAUAGAAAUUGCUCUGAAAGACGGCGAUAUCAAUAAGGACACCGGUAUAAUUCUCACAGCUUACACUAACAUUUAUUUCCCAUGGGGCGAAGCUAGCGACUCAUACCGCCCGUACAAGCAGAUCGACAUUUCAUUCACAGCACUAGACGGAACACAAAGUAAUAAACAAGCAUGGUACUCGGAGGGUGCGGGAAAAUACGCGGAAAUCGAAAAUCUUGGCAUCAAGAUCUUCCAGUUUUAUUUGAGAGGUGGUAUUUCCGUCGUCUUGGGGACUUCAUUAAAUGACAACGAGGAUCUUAGCGUCGCUUUUAACAAACUCCGCGAUCCCGCGACGCUGCCGUAUAUCUUGACUCAAACCGAGUCUAAAUACUUGAAGCUCGCAGUUCCGAUCGAAUUGACAUUGAGAGAUUCACGUGAUUAUGUACCUGAAGUUAAAAGGGCCGGACUCUUGACAGAGAUUUUUGAGAAAAACUUCGACGGCUUCGAUACGGUCUAUGACAAUAAAUCAGGAUAUAUAUCCCAUAUGCUGAGCCAUAUGCGUAUUGACUUCGAACAGCCCACAGAAGAGCAAGCUGAAAGCGUGGUUGCCGAGCCAGACUUCAUCUUCAACAAGCCCUAUUUCUUUUUGAUUCUCAACAAAUACAAUGCACCAGGUUUCGUUGGCCUUAUCACGCACUGAGUUUUAAAAAAAUUAUCAAGAUUCAGGACGAAAUUCUACGUUUACAUUCCAAAAUGUAUUGAUUGUUGUUUAAUAAAAUAAAUAAAAAAUCAAAUCAUUA